AUGUGUUGUGACAAUUGUUCAGUUAGGUGUGAAUGUGGAGAAGUGGAUUGUGGUCAUCUCACAAAAUUUCCUGGAAUAACUGACCAACAGAAAGAGUGCAUCCCUAGAACAAGACAGUGCACACAGCAGCAACUUGCCACUCUCAAAGAACAUUUAAACGAUUAUCACAAGUUUCUGGUCAAGGAGUUGUUAGACAAGUCAAAAAAUGACCAACUCAAAACCCUAGUGAAUCCACAGUUUCUACUUGGAUUUUCUGAACACCAGAUUUUGCAAGUAGUAGCCAAUGCAUUUAAAAUGUUCACUCUGGAUGAUGUUUGCUGUUAUGUUGAGAAUUGGAACAUGAAUCAUGCCUUCAAGACAUUGGACAUCCUGAGUCAAGUGUUUGGAGACAUCUGUGAAAUCGAUGAGAAUUUUUUUAAUCAUCAAUCCUAG